CAGCAGCAUACAUGCGAUUGUUGUUCCAGAAGACCAGAGGAAAAAUAUCCUUAAAAACUAAAAUCUCAUAAGUUUCGUCGCAAUGGCUUGCUGUCGGUUGUGCUUGAGUGAAACUUCCGGUAUCUAUGUCUCCCUGAUAACGGGCAAACGGUUGUGCGCGGUGAUAGACAGAGUGUUCCCUGCGAAGAUUUCCCAGACGCUUAAGAGAACCGACUCUCCUGGCCUUCCGGAGCAGGUUUGCUCAGCUUGCAUACUAACUAUGGUGGACUUUUGUAAGUUUAGUUUGAAGAUGGAAUCGAACCAGGAGCUUCUGUACCGAAGAGGCGCAGAUAAAUCGAAUACAACUCUGCCUACUGGUAUCCUACCUGAAGGCAAUGCAGAACAAAAUGCUGAAAUUCCCUCGAAUUGUAAAAAAAGUAAAAAUAACGAUAUUGGAAUAACAGCAGUGAAAAAUGAACCCAAGGUAAUGGACAACACAAUGGAUGAAGAGUUCAAUAAUGCACAGGUCCCGUCCAAUAUGUUGGAUUCGUUGAUGAAUCAUUCAACCUUAAGAGUUUUGGUUGAAAAUGUGGACGUUAAAAUUGAAGCACCCUCGGACGAUGACGAGAUACCGAUCAUGAACUCCCGAUGGAAUGAUGGAAGCGAUACAAAGUUGCAAGAUGUGAAUACAAGUGAACAGCUUCAGCAUUCGCCAAAGUCAUCAACACAGCAAGCUACAAACCCAAGUAAUAGCAAUCUAAACCGCGCAAAGUCGUUAAAAAGAGAAUACAAAACUAUAUCCGGGCUAGAUGACUCAUGUAAGAUUGUAUACGAUGAUUUGCUGAUAAAGUAUGUCCCUUCUAAAGAGACACCGUUUAGACAAAGAAAAGGACGUCACGGGAACUACAACGAUAUGCCUCCAAUCAAAGUCGCCAAAACUGGGCCAGCGGUCGAGCCCUCAGAAGAUUACCCAAUCAAUCAUUCUUCUUCGUCAGCGCAAUCAGCCACGCAAGGUCGAGCUUUCGUCUCGUCCUAUAGUCAGGGCUUAGGAAGUUGUCAAACUACCCAUCCAGCGGAAGCAUUAGAUGCUACGGCUUCUGGUGCUAGUUUGUCGAUAAGAUAUCUUCGUCUUCCAAACAAAACAACUGACGAACGAAAAAUCACACCCGCUAGAAAACAAAAGCAUACCCAUCGAAAAUCCAGUCUUGCCCAAAAAUGCACCAGUAGUUCCGUUGCAGUUCCCCACUCUUCUAAUGGGGAACAUUCGGCUUCCAUUGACAUCCCGGGGCAAGAGGUUAAUUUACCGGUAACAAGGGUCGCAAAACCCGCUGGCGAUCAGUUUUCCGAAGAUACUGCAUCAGAUGCCAGCGCUAUUGCUGCCGCAUUGGAUUCGCUGUUUGACGUGUUGAAACCCAACCCGUACCGACCGAGUACUGCCACAUCCACCCAGUUAUCAACGUCAGAGGAAUCAACCCUUCAUUCCCCGGAGCAGGCCUCACAAGUUUAUACAGUAGUGAUAACACGUAUUUGUUAGAUUAAGAAAGAUUAAAUGAUAAGUGCAAGUUGCAGAGUAUAAUAAUUUAAAAUAAAUUUUAGGUUGGUUAGGUUUUUAUAAAUCCUACUGUCCUCACGCUUUGAGUUCUUGGUGCUGGAGAUGACUACAAAAGCCUAGAGUAUGGAUAUCGGGUGAGAUAAUAAUAUUCUACAUGGAUAUUGUGGAAAGUAUUAAAGCAAUGGUACAUGUUCUGCUUAAAUAAUUUUUAGGUGUCCCGGCAAUCUAUUUCUAUGUUCAUCCCAGUAGUUUGUGAC